AAAGGAACGGGAGGGGGGUGGUGAGGGCGGAGGCCGGGGGGAGGCGUUUUCUUACUUGGCUGCGAACGGCACGGCCGGGCCGGUGCGUGGGUCCGCCGCUGCCAUUGAGCGGCGAGGCGGCAGAGGGUGGAUAUCGUCACGGGGGCUGAGCCACCGGUCCCAAAAAGUUGGGUUGGGUUUGUUUUAUUUUUUUUUUUAAUUUUUUUUUUUUUUUUAGGCGAGGGGAGGAGGAAUAAGGAAGGAGACAGUGGAGCAGGUUCGGCUUGGCUAAUCGCGAGUGUUAUGCAGCACGACUGAAAUCGCUCUCCUGGAUACCUGUCCCAGGCUGAGCUCCUGCAUAUUAAGCUGACGCUACCGGGGGAAGCUAUUUGAGACGAGGGUUGUACAGAAAUUACCUCAUGCUAUUCCCGAUCAGCGCCGAGUAUUAAUUCCCGUGACCUCUGCAGUAAUAUGGAUAUGCAACUCUUUUCGAUCAAGGUGGCAACUCUUUACCUGCUCUGUGCGGAGAUUCAGCUAUUUGUUCGUCGCUGAAUGCUGUGCAGGAGAAAAGAGGCAACUUUUAUGAACAUUAAAAAGAACAUUAGCAAGGAACCAGUCAGAUCACUAGGGACAAAGUACGUAUCUACAGAUGAGCCUGUUGCCUGGAUUUUCUUUAUAGGGAGCGAGAAGUACCUCAGCUGCGGGGCAAAAUGCAAGGGCAUGAGCUACUGACCUCCUCUUAGCAUCAGGACCAGAGAUACUACCCUGCACUUCACCAUCAGUUAAGAGCAAUUGAAAACCACCUCUCGGAAAAGCUCAUCAACCCAUGACAUCAGUGGACAUCUUUUGUAAAACACGUUUUAUGUACUUCUGCUGAGAUACAUUUUCUACCUACCACAUGGUUCUAUAUUACUUACUGGGCACUGAUGGUAUCCUCCAGAAAGUGCAGCUUCGAAUGGUCAACCUCAUCCUUUAGCAAGAAGAAAAUCUGGAUACUGGCAAGCAACAAAGUCUUCAGAGAAAAUGGUAUACGAAGGAAAACGAUUAGUUUCCUGCCAUUGUUUCUUCCUGUUAACAGCCAAAUUCUACUGGAUACUCACCCUGAUGCAAAGAACUCAUGGCCAGGAAUAUGCCCACUCCAUCCGACUAGAUGGGGACAUCAUCUUGGGAGGACUGUUCCCCGUCCAUGCAAAAGGGGAUAGAGGGGUGCCUUGUGGGGAGCUCAAGAAGGAGAAAGGGAUCCACAGACUAGAGGCAAUGCUGUAUGCAAUCGAUCAGAUUAAUAAAGACCCUGAUCUUCUUGCCAAUAUCACCUUAGGUGUCCGGAUCCUUGACACGUGUUCCAGGGACACUUAUGCAUUGGAACAAUCCUUAACAUUUGUGCAAGCAUUGAUAGAAAAAGAUGGUUCAGAUGUGAAGUGUGCUAAUGGUGACCCACCUAUUUUCACUAAGCCAGACAAGAUAUCAGGUGUGAUAGGUGCUGCAGCAAGUUCUGUGUCCAUUAUGGUCGCAAAUAUUUUAAGACUUUUUAAGAUACCUCAAAUCAGCUAUGCAUCUACAGCUCCAGAACUGAGCGAUAACACCAGGUAUGACUUCUUCUCUCGAGUGGUCCCACCAGACUCCUACCAAGCACAGGCCAUGGUUGACAUCGUGACGGCCCUUGGGUGGAACUACGUGUCGACGCUGGCUUCCGAGGGCAACUAUGGAGAGAGCGGUGUGGAGGCAUUCACCCAGAUCUCCAGAGAAAUUGGAGGUGUUUGCAUUGCUCAGUCACUCAAAAUCCCUCGGGAACCGAGACCAGGAGAAUUUGAAAAGAUCAUCAAGCGCUUGUUGGAAACUCCAAAUGCUCGAGCGGUGAUCAUGUUUGCGAAUGAAGAUGACAUUAGGCGAAUACUGGAAGCAGCCAAAAAAGCUAAUCAAUCUGGACAUUUCCUCUGGAUUGGCUCAGAUAGUUGGGGGUCAAAAAUUUCACCGGUUCAGCAACAGGAGGAGAUCGCGGAAGGAGCAGUAACCAUUCUGCCCAAAAGAACAUCAAUAGAUGGAUUUGAUAGAUAUUUUCGGAGCCGAACACUUGCUAACAAUCGAAGAAAUGUAUGGUUUGCAGAGUUUUGGGAGGAGAACUUUGGAUGCAAGUUAGGAUCACAUGGAAAAAGAAAUAGCAAUAUCAAGAAAUGCACAGGCUUGGAAAGGAUUGCAAGAGAUUCAGCCUAUGAGCAAGAAGGGAAAGUUCAGUUUGUAAUUGAUGCAGUAUAUUCCAUGGCCUAUGCACUACACAACAUGCAUAAAGAUCUCUGUCCUGGAUAUAUUGGUCUAUGCCCGAGGAUGAGCACAAUUGAUGGUAAAGAACUACUUAGCUAUAUACGGGCAGUAAACUUCAAUGGGAGUGCUGGAACACCUGUUGUCUUCAAUGAAAAUGGAGAUGCUCCUGGACGCUAUGAUAUUUUUCAGUAUCAAAUCACCAACAAGAGUACUGAAUACAAAGUAAUUGGUCAGUGGACUAACCAACUUCAUCUAAAUGUAGAAGACAUGCAGUGGGCUAAUAGACAACACACUCAUCCAGCAUCUGUCUGCAGCCUGCCCUGUAAAGCUGGGGAAAGAAAGAAAACCGUGAAGGGAGUGCCCUGCUGCUGGCACUGCGAACGCUGCGAGGGGUACCAUUACCAGGUGGAUGAAUUCAACUGUGAACUGUGCCCCAUCAAUAAGAGACCGAACGCCAACCGUACGGAUUGCCAGCUUAUCCCUAUAAUCAAACUGGAGUGGCAUUCUCCUUGGGCCAUCGUGCCCGUCUUCAUAGCUAUUCUCGGUAUAAUUGCCACCACCUUUGUGAUUGUGACAUUUGUCCGGUACAAUGACACGCCGAUCGUCAGGGCCUCUGGACGGGAGCUCAGUUAUGUGCUCUUGACUGGGAUUUUUCUCUGUUACUCCAUUACUUUUUUAAUGAUUGCGACUCCAGAUACAGUGGUCUGCUCAUUUCGAAGGAUCUUUUUAGGACUCGGCAUGUGUUUCAGCUAUGCUGCCUUGCUUACCAAAACAAACAGAAUUCACAGAAUAUUUGAACAAGGUAAAAAAUCUGUCACAGCUCCCAAAUUUAUUAGUCCAGCUUCCCAGCUGGUGAUCACUUUCAGCCUCAUAUCCAUGCAGCUUAUUGGAGUCUUCAUCUGGUUUGCUAUUGAUCCACCACAUAUUAUUGUAGACUAUGGAGAGCAGAGGACACUUGAACCAGAAAAUGCCAGGGGAGUUCUCAAAUGUGACAUUUCAGAUCUUUCUCUCAUUUGUUCCCUUGGAUACAGUAUUCUCUUGAUGGUCACAUGCACUGUUUACGCUAUUAAAACAAGAGGGGUUCCAGAGACCUUCAAUGAAGCAAAACCUAUUGGAUUUACUAUGUACACAACCUGCAUAAUUUGGUUAGCUUUUAUUCCAAUCUUUUUUGGUACGGCCCAAUCAGCAGAGAAGAUGUACAUCCAGACAACAACACUUACUGUCUCCAUGAGUUUAAGUGCUUCUGUGUCUCUGGGCAUGCUCUACAUGCCCAAGGUUUAUAUUAUCAUUUUUCAUCCAGAGCAGAAUGUUCAAAAACGGAAGCGGAGCUUCAAGGCUGUAGUGACAGCUGCCACAAUGCAAAGCAAACUGACCCAAAAAGGAAAUGACAGACCAAAUGGAGAGGUCAAAACUGAACUCUGUGAAAGUCUUGAAACCAACACCUCCUCUACCAAGACAACUUAUGUCAGUUACAGCAAUCAGGCAAAUUGAGCAGGGAUGAAAUUCACUGGAAGACCUGCAGGAUGAGAUCUUGCAAAUAGAGACUUUACCACCACCAGAAUUCAGUCUUGGAAAUAUCAGUAGACUACAUUCAAACCAAUAGUCAGUCUCCUAAAGGACAAGGAUUAAACAAGAGGCAAAAGGCAAAAAGAGACAGGGGAAGGAAAAGUCCAGUGUUAUAACAUAGAGACAGAGUGUCAAGCUUCUGAACUGUUCACUCACAAAAUGAAGCAAAUCACAAAAGGAAAACAAAUGUUAGCUUGUGAAAAAAAUGCUGUUGAAAUAAAUCAUGUCUGAUGUUAUAUUUGUAAGUACUUUUUUGUGAUUGUGACAAUUUCCUUUCCUGUCCUACAUUGUUCAACUUGUAAAAGAAGAUGAGUUUGUUUCUUGUGAUGGCUGACUGAAUUAAGUCCUGGGUUAUGCUAAAAUAAAUGCAAUGGUCAACGCAUGCUAAUUUUUAUACAAAAUAAUUUAUUUCUAAUAAUAAAGGAAUGUUUUGCAAAUGUU